AUGGAUGCACAGCACUGCAAGAUGAACGGUGACCCUUUCCAGGAAUCUAUGUACAUUGAAGAGGCCUCAAAUAAAAAUGGUGUGAUUUCUUUGAUCUUCUCUUUGAAAGAAGAAGUCGGGGCACUGGCUAAAGUUCUGCGCACGUUUGAGGAAAAAGGUAUAAACCUGACACACAUUGAGUCUCGACCUUCCCGUCUCAACAAAGAUGAGUAUGAAUUCUUCAUUAACUUAGAAGGCAAGAAUGUCCCAGCACUGGACAACAUCAUCAAGUCCUUGAGAAAUGAUAUUGGUGCAACAGUGCAUGAGCUUUCACGAACAAAGAAGAAGGACACCGUACCAUGGUUCCCAAGAAGUAUCCAGGAGCUAGACAGAUUUGCCAAUCAGAUUCUAAGCUAUGGAGCGGAACUGGAUGCUGACCAUCCUGGGUUCAAAGAUCCUGUGUACCGGGCCCGGAGGAAGGAGUUUGCAGAUAUCGCCUACAACUACAGACAUGGCCAACCUAUUCCUCGAGUCACCUACACAGAAGAAGAAAAGAAAACAUGGGGCACCGUCUUCAGGGAACUCAAGAGUCUCUAUCCAACUCAUGCUUGUUAUGAACAUAACCAUGUGUUCCCACUGCUAGAGAAGUACUGUGGCUACCGGGACGAUAACAUUCCCCAGCUUGAAGAUAUUUCAAAAUUCUUGCAGACCUGCACUGGAUUUCGCCUGCGUCCUGUUGCAGGCUUGCUCUCCUCUCGGGAUUUCUUGGCUGGGUUGGCAUUCCGAGUAUUUCACUCUACACAGUAUAUUCGCCAUGCGUCCAAACCUAUGUACACACCAGAGCCUGAUAUUUGCCAUGAGCUGCUAGGACAUGUGCCUCUUUUUGCUGAUCCCAGUUUUGCUCAGUUUUCCCAGGAAAUUGGACUGGCAUCUCUGGGAGCUCCAGAUGAUUUCAUCGAGAAACUUGCUACGGUUUAUUGGUUUACGGUGGAGUUUGGACUAUGUAAGGAAGGCGAUUCACUAAAGGCAUAUGGUGCAGGGCUGCUGUCUUCAUUUGGGGAGCUACAGUACUGUUUAUCAAGUAAACCUGAGAUUCAGCCUCUUGUCCUGGAGAAGACUGCUGUGCAGAAGUACCCUGUUACUGAGUUCCAGCCUGUCUACUUUGUUGCUGAAAGUUUUAAAGAUGCAAAAGAAAAGCUAAGGAAAUUUGCUCAGAUGAUCCCUCGUCCUUUCUCUGUUCGGUACAAUCCCUACACCCAGAGAAUCGAAGUCCUGGACAAUGCAAAGCAGCUGAAGAAUUUAGCUGACACCAUCAAUAGUGAGAUGGGGAUCCUUUGCAAUGCUCUUCAGAAGAUAAAAUGAAGAUUGUCUGUAACUCGUACUAACCAUCAGCUACAGUCUAGAAGCUGCCAUAUGCAAAUACCAGUCUUCACUUAGCCUCAGUCUAUUAUCUUCCUGUGUACUGCAUGAAUGCUUAUGUCAUAUAUCUUAAUUAUCAAUGAUUAUCAGACAAAGAAUCAGAGAAUGGUUUGGGUUGGAAUGGACCUUAAAGACCAUCUAUUUCCAAUCCCCCUGCCAUGGGCAGGGACACCUCCCACUAGACCAGGUUGCUCAAACCCUCAUCCAACCUGUCCUUGAACACUUCCAGGGAUGGAGCAUCCACAGCUUCUCUGGGCAACCUGUUCCAGUGCCUCACCAUGCUCGUAGUUAAGCAGUUCUUCUUUAUAUCUAAUCAAAACCUACCCUCUUUUAGUUUAAAGCCAUUACCUCCUGUCCUAUCACUACACUCCCUGACAAAGAGUCCCUCCCCAGCUUUCCUGCAGGCCCCCUUUAGGCACUGGAAGGCUGCUGUGAGGUCUCCCCAGAGACUUCUCUUCUCCAGGCUGAACAACCCCAACUCCUUCAUCCUGUCUUCAAAGGAGAAAGAGACACUUGGAGGAGACCCUUGCCUCUUUUGGCCUUCAGACGCUAAUCCUUUUUUUUUUUUUUUUCUGACUAAAGCAUAAACAUCAACUUAGUUCUGGGAAUCUAGGGAAACCCUCUGUAUCUCUUGUGCCAAAGGUUGGCAGAAGGAAGAGAUCUCCACCAUGCAGAACUACAAUCUGCUGCAGACAUGGGGUUGCAUUACCACACUUGGCAGAGUGACUGGAUGGUAAUAUAUAACACAGACUAAUCCACCUUUUUUUCUCUCACAUUCAUUUUUCCCUCAGUCCCUCACAUUUGUGCAUAUUCCCCAUGAAAUUCUAAACUCUACAUGUUUCAGGGAAUAUACACACGCUGUUUGGCCCUGUAGAGUAUGACCUGCCCUUGGUGAAACUGUACUGCUUUUACACAUGAGCACCUCUAUCAUGAAAUAUUUUUUUUCCUAAAAGUGUGAUGUUGCCAUUGAUCAAAAGCAUAGAUGUUAGUAGAAAAGACAGCAAAUAUGCUGCAGCCUCAUUAACAAAGAUGUAUUGCCACACGCUAAUAUACUGUAUUUGCACAGUGAUUAAUCCCAAAAAGGUUUGUGCAAGUCAGGAAUACUUUAUGCUGUGUUCUGUUAUUGAUUUGCAGAAUGGAGUCCCUAAGCAAGGCACUGAGACUGCUUAUCCAGAGCAUGGGGUCCAUGCCUCAGUACAGUACCCACAAAAAGGCCUUUUCAGAGAAGAGUUACCUAAAGACACAUCUGUGUGGCUUUUUGCUGUUGGAUGCUAGGUCACUUUGCCAAUACUCUGUGCAAGUAAGAAAACAUGCAGAGUUUUAGCAUGUCAUCAAGGCCUUAUUAGCCCAAUCUUAGAGCUGUGAUGGCUGUAAUAUUGUGUAACAUCAUUGUCUUAGAGCUGAUUCAACAAGCUGACAGAAAGGGGAGAGCUCUCUAAAUUGACUUACUCAGCUACUCACUGAGGAAAGCUGAGGUGUGAAGGUUACCUUGUAUAGUAUGUGUCCUCUGAGAGUGGGUGCUUUAUUCAGCACUGCUGCAAGGUAUCUCCAAACUUUUUGGGCUCAUAAUCCAGGUGGAUAACAAUACCCUUCCUGUUGGAAAUGAAGGAGAAUUGUGUCUUUUAAUGCAGCUGAAGAUAUCAGAGCCUUCUGAUUCCUAAUUCACCAUAUCUGUGGCUAGAAUCCCCACCAACGCUAUAGGAGACAUGGAUUAGCCUGUGUCCCCAAUCUGAAUGCAUUCAAAUUCACAGACAGAAUAAUUCAAGACAAAUCUUCAAUCAUUAUGCUUUUUGAUGUCUCCUCCCUGCCCCCACCUGAGCUUUAAUCUCCUUCUUUUGUUAAAGCACUUUUGUUCUGCCUGGAGUAUAGCUUGACUGAGGCAGAAAAUGGAAACCCAGUUUAACCCAGAUGAGCCAUAGAGAUAGAAGAGCUUUGAUGUUCAAAGCCUAUUUCUGUAUUUUCUCCAAUAACUUUCACUCAAGACAGCUAAACGCUCUCUCGGACUGGUCCACAUUGUAUAAUACCUCCCUGUAGCUCCCCAGUUGAAGAAAGGAGAUCAGCACUUGUAUAUUGGAACUGAAUCGACCAAAGCAAUGCAGAACAGUAUUUCCAGCUUGAAACAGUACUGCAUUAUGAUAUCAACAUGAUUCAAGAGUCAUAUUUCUGUUAGAAGAUCCAAAGAUGAAGGGUGAUUUGAAAAUUCAUAAGUUCAGUACCUACUAUUGUACUACUCUUGUAUUUAUAGAUCGAAAAUCAGUGGAGCUUCAGUGUAAGCAUCAUCCUCUAGGAAGAUAGAAAGUACAGCUCUUUCCAUUAUAUUUAUGGUGGCUAAUAACAUUAAUCUACGGAUACCAGCUGGAAACCUUUUCUGUAGAAGUACACUUAUGCAAAAUGGAAUCAUUUUGGUGCUUUGAA